AUGGCCGCAGCAGCAGCGACCACCAGCAGCGAUGCAAACGGGCGCAGCGCAGCCACCCCGAAACCGCGCAGAGGCGCCAACCUCCUCCGCGACUACUACGGCCUCUCCAACCCGGGCCCGGGCCCUGGGCCCGACUCGCCCGCCGCCGCCUCAUCGACCCCCGCAGACCCAACGGAUCCCGACAACCCGGCCUUUUCCAAGGACGCCGCCCUCGCCGCACUGCUGCGCACAGGCAGCCUCAGUCAGCUCCUCGCAAAGGAGAGCACCCUCAUCACCGAGAUCCGCGAGCUCGAUGGCGAACGCCAGAGCCUCGUAUACAACCACCACCACCAGCUCGUCGCCGCGAGCGAUACGAUACGCAACAUGAAGCAAAAGUCAGAGUCGCUCGACCCCUCCCUCGACGCCCUCAGAGAGAGCUUCUCCCGCAUCGCACAGCUCGAGACCAAUCUAGAGACACUGCGCAGCCCGAUCCCUGCCUCUGGCUCCGGCGACCCAGGCAGCUCGACAGUCGAGGCCGCGCGCGACAUGCUGCCCGACCUGGAAGCCAUCGUCACGCUACCCACCGCCCUCCGGGACCUCAUCGAAUUUGGCAUCGCACCAAUCGACGGCACACAGCCCGACGCUGCCAGCAGUCAGGGCCAAUCGAGCCAAGGCCUCGCGCAAGCCGAACGCCUCUGGGGCCAGAUGGAGGCGGUCCUGUCGGCCUGGUCCGACGCCGGCGUCCAGGGAGUGCGCGAGAUCAUCGCAGAAUGUCGUUCAGUGCUUCGCGAAGGGAGACGAGCCGCAGGCGCCACGCAGACGUAG